AUGGACAUAGACACGCCGGGCGGGUCGAGCCCGGUGGACCUGGAGAACCUAAUUCAGGCCUACAGGGGGCACUCCAGGAUCAACCGGCUGGUAUUCAUCGCGCAGGCGUCCGUGGGCAAGCCCAUUGAGCUCGAGGCGCUCAAGCUCGCCGCGGACGACCUGAAGAGCACGGAUUCCGCGGUGGAGAUGUACGAGCUGGUGAUGCAGAUGAUCGACGGGCGCCUCGGGGACGCGUACAUCCCCGACGUGGCGUGGAUAGAGACAACGCGGAGGGCGAACCGCGAGCAGGAGAAGAAGCUCAAGCACGAGCUGAAGCAGUACCAGAACAACAUGAUGAAGGAGUCCAUCAGGAUGGCGCACAACGACCUGGCCGACUUCUACUACAACCGCGGGGGUCCGGAUAACCUGAACGAGGCGUUCCGGAGCUACGUCCGCACGCGGGACUACUGCUCCUCCAACCGCCACACCAUUGCCAUGUGCCUCAACAUCGUCCGCGUCGCCAUCGAGGUCCAGAACUGGGUCCACGUCCUCAACUACGCACAGAAGGCGCUCCAGACCCCGCAGAACGACGACGUCAUCGUCCAGGCCAAGCUGCGCGCCGCCGAGGGCCUGGCCCUGAUGCAGAUGGGCAAGUACCUGGACGCGGCGCACGUGCUGACGUCGGUGUCGCCGGAGAUCGGCGACACGUUCUCGGACGUGAUCGCGGCGCAGGACAUCGGCGUGUACGGCACGCUGUGCGCGCUGGCCAGCAUGCCGCGCACCUCGCUGCACCGCUGCGUGGCCGAGUCCGGGCCGUUCCGCGAGCUCGUGACCAUCCCGGACCUGCGCGAGGCCGUGCAGGACUUCCACGCCGCGCGGUACUCCGGCGCCCUCGCCGCGCUGGCCCGCCUGCAGCCCACGCUGGAGCUCGACCCCCACGUGUCCCGCCACGUCAGGCCGCUCAUGGCCGCCAUCCGCAGCCGCGCGCUCGCGCAGUACUGCAAGCCCUUCGCGGCAGCGGACCUGCGGCGCAUGGCGCAGGUGUUCGGCACGACCGAGGACGGGCUGCAGGCGGAGCUGGAGGCGCUGAUCGAGGGCGGGCAGAUCGACGCGCGAAUCGACGUGGCGCGCGGGGUGCUGGUGGAGCGCACGCGGGACGACCGGGCCGCGGCGUACGAGGCGGCGCUGGCGGGGAGCGACGCGAUGCUCGGGUCGACGCGCGCGCUGCUGCUGCGGGCGUCGCUGGUGCGGCACGACGUGUCGGUCAAGCGGCCGGCGCGGGCCGGGCGCGGCCACGGGGACGGCGGGACGCCCGGGCCGCCGCAGCACGUCGACACCGAGAUGGAGGGACCGACGGGGAUCGCCGCGGCGAUGGAAUAA